AUGUCUUUCAUCCUAGUCACUGGCGCCUCUGGCUUUAUUGCCUCUCAUAUCAUCAACCAACUUGUCGCAGCGGGGCAUAAAGUCCGCGGAACCGUCCGAUCAGCGAAGGCGGAGGCAGUGAAGUCGUCGUAUUCAUCCUACGGCGACAAGUUUGAAGUUGCCAUUAUAGACGAUAUCGCCUCAUCAGACCUUACUGAGGCGUUCAAGGAUGUGAAGGCUCUGGUUCACGUCGCUUCAGGCAUGGACCCUUCCGUUGGGAAUGAAGUUAUGCUCAAGACUGCGGUCACGAACCGUAUUCUCGCGCAAGCUCUCGCCUCAAACGUGAAGAAGAUCGUCGUCACUGCCAGUGUGUCCUCCGUCAUCGACAUACAAUACAGCUGGUCGGACAAGAUCUUUAGCGACAAAGAUUGGAACCCAAUGACUCUCGAAGAGGCAUCGAAGCCCGACGCGCCUGUCCACGUCGUAUACAUGGGCUCCAAGAAAGCCGCAGAAGAGGCCGCAUGGAAGUUCGCGAAAGAACACCCCGAUGUCGACCUCGCCACCGUAAUCCCUCCCUACGUCUACGGCCCCGCCACGGACGCUCAAUCCAAGCUUCUCAAGACCCCCGCCGCCGUUUCCAACAACUACAUCUACGAACUCAUCAAAGGCACUCCUGGUACUCCACGUCCCCUCCCAACUGCGCAGAUGCUCCCUGGCCCUUGCUGCAUCCACGUCUCCGAUGUCGCGCGUGCUCACGUUCUCCUCUUGGACGCCCCUCCCUCUAAGGAGCCUGAGAGAGUCGUUUUGAACGGUGUCGAUUUGGUCUGGAAAGACGCGGUGGAGUACUUGGGCAAGACCAGGCCUGAGUUGAAGGAUAGGUUGUUUGUAGCUUCUGAGGAGCCGGCCGGCGAGGCAUUGAAGUGGUAUAAGUUAGAUGGAAGUAGCGCGGAGAAGAUCAUCGGCAUGAAGGAGUAUAUUGGUUGGGAGAAGAUCGUUGAUGAGACGAUCGACGAUAUUUUGAAGCAUGAGAAGGCGCUGGGUGCCACUGUGGCGUAA